GUCGAUUCGUGUCGGCCGUGCACAACAGUUGCUUAUAAGCCAUAACGAAAAAUCAAUCACUUAAAUUUACCCUAAACUUCUCGCCUAAAGAAAUUGUGCGCGCGCGCAUUCAAAUCACUUAUUUUAAUAAAACAGUAGCAGUUCUUUCUUAUCAACACCGCCGACGCCGCCGCCGACGCUUUCGCAGCUAAGCACUUUUGUUCGCGUAAAGUUAUCGUGUUAUUGAAAGAACGCUUUUCUUUCAAUUCACAACAACAAUAUCAGCGUUAAGUGAAUAUUUAAUCUGCUAAAGAGUAUCUUCUACUUGCUUCACUUUUUUCUUUUCCGCUGUACUUUCGCUUUGUUUUGCAUAUCGCGACUUCCGUUUGCCUCUACGGUGAAUUUGCUUUGAAUACUUUCGAUGACAUCGCCUUCGCCGUUGCAAUUGCCGCACUUCGCAUAUCUCGUUGGUUGCUCUGCAUCGUGUUAAUUGUGUAUUCGAUUUGUUUUGUUUGCUGAUCUUCCGGCUGCUCCGCUUCGCGUGAAAUUGCGUCUAUUAAUUGUGAGGAGAACUGUGCAAAAAUAAAAGAGACUCUGGCUAUAAGAUACGGUGCAUACCGAAAACUGUGUAUUUACUCUCCAUUUUGCGAUUGUGUAAAAGGAAGACCACAGCAAUUACAAAUUAAUUUAUGCAAAGCUUGUAGUGCAAAAGUUUCUUGGUUUGCACAAAUUGUCGAAAAAAACAUAGAAACAAGGACAUAAAAAAUUGCCUAAGUCAAUUAGUGCUUCGGUGAAAACAAACAAAAGCCACAAAUUAAAACGAAAACAACAAAUAAGAACGAUUAAUUUUAAUGACGACUUGCCACAAUUGAGAUUUGCUUAAUGCGAUUACGUCUGUUCUGUUCACCUGUAGUGAAAAGGAACUUCUAAACCAGCAACUAAUAACCAGCAACAACAAACACCACCACUCAAUAUUACUGCUGAAAAGUGGAAAAAGAAAGCUGACAACUUGACACACGCGAGACCCUAAAGUACGAUAUUCGCGAUAAAACAAAACGACGCAAUUCACGGCAAGUGAAAAGCUACAUCUAAGUUCUUUCUGAUUUGCUCUGGUGAAACAUAGCGUUGAUAACAAAAGUGUGACCGAAGUGAAUUUACUGAUUUAUUAACUGCUUUGAGCUACUCCCGUGCUUUGUGUAAUCUUUCGUAAGCGUCUCAGCGCUCAUAAGCCAUAAUUCGUUUUCGUCGAUAAUUCUUCUGCUGCGCAACAGUUUUAUGAGUAACAGCGCCAUGGUUGCGGUCGCCAUUUGUUGCAUACUGGUCCUGCUGGCCGUCUUCAUUGUGAUCAUCAUAGUCGUUGGUCAGACGAUGGGUGAGCCCAAGUGAGAUAAACUUCAACUGGGACCCGGAAACUUCCCAGAUGGAUAACAAAGGCACUCGACGAAUUGUUAGUUGUUACCGAAUAUCAAAUAUCCAUUGCGACUAUUGGCCAGAGCCCAGCGGCACACAUUCACAUUGCUAAAUUUCAUGAGAAUCACCAUCGAUGACCGACGAAUGCCAUUGAUGCCCCCCUUUGGCAGGCAGCGCCGUAAGCAACAACAUCCCUUACAGCAACACCACAACAAUUUUCAAAAUCACAUCUCGGAAACCAAGUGUCAAACGGAGAAGCAAACAAAUUAUCUGCAUCAUGCACCACAGUACGCGUCAUCGACUUCAUUCGUUUACCAUCGGACCCAACGUCAGAACAAAAAUUGGCUGUGAUGUGAAACUAAAGAGACAUAUGUAUGAAAUUUACCCAUAGACAAAUUUGAAACAAAAAAAAUUGAAAAAAAUUAAAAUCGGCAAAAAAUGGAGUAUGCGAUAAUAUUUCAAAUCAAUCACAAAUACAACAACAACACAUUAUAACAGUAAUUAUGAAUAACCAUAAAUCUUAGACAAAUUUAAUGCAAACAAAACAAAAAAGCGCGUUAAAUGUGAAAUAUACAUAUUUAUAUUGGUAAAAUAAAUUAAAGUCAAGUAGUGUUUUUGAUAAAUGUGUUAGAGUUUCGAUGUUUUUAAAGAACAAACCAAUCCAGAAACAGUAUAAACCCCUUUUAAAAUAUAGAUAUGUAAACGAAGAUAUGCAUUUUUCUAAGUCAAGAAUGCAGCAACAUGCAUAAAUUGAACAGCAGCCAAAAGCUCUCUCAACAUUAUGCCCCCCACUACUGAAGAAGAAGAGAAGACCAUAUGGAAUCAAAAUUGUCGGAUAGCUAAAAUAUUCUGAGCAAUAAAUGGCGCUGUUGGACAAGUAGCUAUAUCGAAGAGGACGAGAGAAAACUGGAAAAAUGUAUGGGAGAUUGUGGAACAACCAAGUGGAAGGGCUGGGAGGUAAACAAAAACUAAAGCUGGGCAGCAUCUACUACAAACGAACACGCAAAAAAUAGAAACACCAGUCGAAGUUAUGACUUUUUGAAAAAAAAAUGUAUUUGUGCAACAAUAGACAUCUCGAAAUGGUAACCACAAUCUAUAAAACAAAGUGAAAAAUUAAUUUGAUUUUUUUUUUAUAUUUUAUGGGUUUAAUACAUAAAAAUUGUUUUUUUUUUAACUUUAAACUUUUAACCUAUGGUGAAUAUUAUUAGAGAGUUGCAAAGUCAAAUCAUAUCGAUAAAUUUCCCCACUCAGCAUUCAAUUAAAAAUGCCAAAAAUCAGAUUUCAUAGUGAAUUAAUUCCCUUAAAAUAACGACAGUAUUAAAAAAUAUAAUAAUAAACAAAACAAAAACUUUCAUUGAAAUGGAAAGCAAAAAUUCAGAAAGUAGUAUAAAUAAAUACAUGAAGUAAAACAUAACUUCAAUUUUUAUAAUAAUUUUUAUAUGCUUUGAAAAGUUCAUAAAACAUUUUAAAAACACGCAGCAAUAGAUAACUGUGCAGCAGAACAAGCCAAAUAAAGUUAAGUGAAUAUACCAUAUAUCGUACAAAACCAAUUAAUAACAGUAAAUAGUUCCAGGUUAAUGAAUUAACAGGCAAUUAAGUGUUUUCAUAUGUAUACAAAUAAUGUUCGUCGUUUAGCUGUUGACUAAUACACCAUGUCGUAUACGUUACGCAUACAGUUAGUGAAUUAUUAUAUAUGUAUAUGGUAUGUGUUUACUGUAGUUUUUCUACAACAAAUCUGUAAUUAAUAAAAUACUAAGUGAACAAAAACAAUUUAAUCAAUAAGAGAAAUAUUGUGACACAUUUUCGAGUAUUAUGAAAAUAUGUUGACUACCCCAAAGAGCUCAAAACUUUUUAAACCAAACCAUCUAUCAAUAACUUAAAUGAACAAUUUUAAAUGAUAUUAUACAUACAUAUAUUUUAUAAAUGUCAAAUUAAAGUAAAUAAGCAUAUAGAUUUAGCAGUGUAUAGCUAAUUGGAAACAAAAAAUGUCUACCAACAGUAUAUAACAACAAUAACAACUAUGAUAAUAUUCUAAAUUAACGCAUAUAAGAAGAGCGCUUGAAGGAAAACAGCCAGAGAAUGAGCAAAUAUGAAAAGCAAUUGCAAAGAAAGGAAUAACAAUGCAAAUACAAGUAUUAAAUUAAUUUUAAAAAAUAUAAAACGAAUAUUUAAAAAAUUUCUUGUCAUUUUACA